GGAGAGAGAUCAAUGUUCUGACAGCUGUUGCUUUUCGUUAAAAUUAAUAGCCUGAAAUAGCAUUCACAUGACGAGAAAGGAGAAGCGAGAGAGAUACAGAAAUCACAAGAGGGAGAGAGAAGAGAGAAAUAUGAAAACGGUUUGCCUCAGGAAAUGGCACUUCCUCUUCAAGCUCUGUAAUGGAGAAUAGCACACUCGCCUAGCGAGAAACUAGUCUGCUUUCUGCAGUAUCCCGGGGACUUAUUACUUACUUUCUCCUAUUAGGACACAAUAAGGAUGCAUGUACUUCAGAGCCUCUUUCUAUUGGUCCUUGGCAUCAUUAACCACACCUCCUCGGAAUACGCUCUGAAUGGACAAUGGGAACAGUGGAAGAGAGAUCACAACAAGGAGUACAGCAGUCCGGGGGAGGAGUUGCAGAGGAGGCUGAUAUGGGAGAAGAAUCUGAGGCUGGUGGACAAACACAACCUGGAAGCUUCCCUUGGCCUAUACUCCUUCACCAUGGGCCUCAACCACCUCUCUGACAUGACGUUAGAAGAGGUCAAUGCCACGCUGAACGGGCUAAGUGAUUCAGAGGACCUCUAUCGCUAUGGCAACCUGACGUUUACCCCUCCAAGCAAUGUCGCUCUGCCCCAGGCAGUGGACUGGAGGGACAAAGGCAUGGUCAGCCCAGUGAGAAACCAGGGUGCGUGCGGUUCCUGCUGGGCAUUCAGCGUGGUGGGCGCCCUGGAGGGUCAGAUGAAGAAGCAGACGGGUAAGCUGGUCCCACUCAGCCCACAGAACCUGGUGGACUGCAGCACCAGCUAUGGCAACCACGGCUGCAAGGGCGGCUACCUCUCCAAGGCCUUCAAUUACAUCAUUGGAAACAAGGGCAUCGACUCUGACAGCUUCUACCCCUAUAAGUUCAGGGAGGGCAAAUGCCGCUACUCUGUAAAGGGGAGAGCUGCCUAUUGCUCAGGGUUCCGGAUCCUUCCUCGGGGGAAUGAGAAGGCCCUCCAGUAUGCUGCUGCCAACAUUGGUCCCGUGUCCGUGGGCAUCAAUGCCAUGCUGCCCUCCUUCUACCACUAUAGAGGCGGCUUGUACAAUGAGCCAUUAUGCACCUCUAAGAAGACCAAUCACGCAGUCCUAGUGGUGGGUUAUGGCACAGACAAGGGGCAGGACUUCUGGCUGGUAAAGAACAGCUGGGGCACAGCCUGGGGUGAAAAGGGAUACAUUCGCAUGGCGAGGAACAAGAAUAACCUGUGUGGAAUUGCCAACUUCCCCAUAUUUCCAACCUUGUGAUACUUCAGGCUGAUCUGAAUACCUCAGACUGUCAUGCAGAACGAAACUGCUAAAUUAAAGUAGCAUACAAAAUGCAAAAAACAAUAAAAAAAGAGAUGCUACAUGAUUCAGAAUAAACAUGUAUGUAUAUUUAUGUAAACAGAGAUUGCUUUCUAAAAAUCAGCUUCAGUGGAACCCUGGUGAAUGCCAUCAAGGGCUGGUCCCCCAAAACAGAGCUGUUAAAUAGUCGACACACAUUAACAUUGUUUGUAUUGAAUGUUCAAGUUCAUAAGUUGUAGACAUUUUUAUAGAAUGUGUGUCUGUGUGUGCAUGAGACUUUGAGGAUGUGUGUUUACUGUGUAAUUAAAUUACAGGGUGGUGCGGCAGUUAAGGGGCUAGCGUUAUUUAAGAUGUUUAUCCUACUUCUUCAGUAAAACAUGCAACUGUAUGAAUAUUUCAGCUGUAUGAAUAAAUUAAUUAAAUGAAAAAAGCUAAACAAUGUCACUUUGUGUAAGAUGUUUCUUAAUGGACAAAUUAAUGUUGAAAACA